AUGCCAACAACUGGUUUAAGAAUAAAUGCGUUUAAUUCCAAUGCAAAGACCCUAUUAAUUCAAGGGAUGAUGGCACAGGCUCCGUCGCCAAAUGCCGAGGAUGAUGAUACAGUCAUUUUAGAAACUCCCGAGCAGAAAUGUUUCAAAAUUUGCAACGCACAUUUUCAAAUAGAAGACGAUACUUUCAAAUGUGAAGAAUUUGGACCAUCGGCAACCACAAACUAUAUAUACAAAUGUUCAUGGGAAGCCACUGGACAGGAACCUAGCCAGGUUUUGGUUAGGAUCUAUGGGAAAAUCGUGGAAGAACCGUUUCCAACGUUUCUUAUCAGGAACUUAGUGGUGUUCAACAUUUUAGCUGAAAGAAAUUUGGGACCGAAAUGCUACGGAUAUAAUCAAGAAAGCAGAAUAGAAGAACUAUAUAAGUGUGUACAUGUUGAAAGGGGUCAAAAGGAGUUGGGAUUAUAUUUCGAAUAUAUAGCGAGAAGAUUAGCUGAAAUACAUACACAAGAUAUGCCAUUGACGAAAGCACCUACUUUUCUGUUUGAUUUUUGCACACCGAGAAUUUCAAACAUUCAAAAUUGGAUCUUAACCGAAGGAAUUUCUAAAGAUGCUGUCAUGAAAAUUAAUUCAUUCUUUAAACAGAAUCCGAGGGAUGCAAUUUGCCCCUUAACCGCGGGAAUAUCUGAACUUGCUGAAGAUGGUGUCAUGGAAAUUUAUUCAUUCUUUAAACAGAAUCUGAAUGAUGUUAUGACCAAAAAUGGAUAUUGA